AUGCCAACAGCUUUUGUCAACGACUUCAAUGGACCAGCACUAUGCAAACUUCGAGGCCCUAAUGGAAAAUGCUGGGACGUAAAAUUGGAAGAGAAAAACAAUGAUCUAUUCUUCCAUAAAGGCUGGAAGAAAUUUGUGAAGGAUAACUAUUUGGAGGAAGGAGACUUUCUGGUUUUCAAUUAUGAUGGCAAUUCAUUGUUCAGUGUGACAAUCUAUGAUAAAAGUGCAUGUGAAUUAAUGGACAUGGAAGAAGCCAAGAGAAAGAGAAGUACUGACUGUUUUAACAUUCCUAUAAUAAUAGCCAGGGCUAAAGAUCUCAUGAGCAAGCGGACUAUAGAGCUUCGGGAUCCAAGCAACAGAUCAUGGCCUGUUACAGUGACCCCCAUGGAAGAUGGUCGUACACUUAUGAACAAAGGCUGGUGUGAUUGUUGCAAGGCGAACCAGAUUAAGAAAGGGAACACCGUUGUUUUUGAGUUUGUGAAGGGACAUGUGAAGCUUCACAUCAUUAGAGAUGAGGGAUGUGAAGUGAUGCUCACAGGUCCUAAUAUCGUAUAUUGA